AUUGUGAAAGCUAUUCCUUAAACGAAUUCAUUAAUAGAGAUGAGCCUCUUCAGCUCAUUAAAGAUUUUGAUUUAUUACAAGAGAAAAAUAAUAGUAUUACUGUUGCUAGUAGUACUAAUGCAAAAAAAAUAUCUCUUCACAUUUCUACUACUGGUAUAAUGCUUAAGAAUAUUGCUCAGGUUGCAAUAUUCACUGAACUUGUCU